GUAAAUGCCACGUUCGAGCGACGCUACAAAUAUAGUACAACACAACGUGCAGAGAGAGCAAUCGCAAAAGCGGAGRCGGACGCAGCUGUUGGGAGCAACAACAACAACAGCAACAAUAAAAACAACAACGGCUAUAUAGCAUCUUUUUGUUGUUAUUCUUCGUUAUUUUGGCUGGGCCUACGUGAUUAAAAUGCUUACAGUAUAGCCACAUUUUAAUAGCUAAAGGAGGUCUGGUGAAAUGCCCUGAAAUUGGACCACAAACACACAAACACUCGCUGAAGAUAUCGCCCUGCCGUUAUUCCGAAAUCUACAAUAUUUGAUAUUGCGAGUGGCAAUAGGCAGACGCACAGCUAUAGCAAUCGACGCUGUCAGACGUUCAAGGUUAAAUACAAGCGUUGCCAAUAUGGUGUAAGCAGCAGGGGACGCGGCAAGGACAUGCAAAAGCCACAGUCAUCGUCGUUGCCAGCACGUUGCGCCAUCUGCGGCACCGCUGAGCAGCUGCUCCGCUGCGCCAAAUGCAAAAGCAUUUACUACUGUUCCGUUGCGCAUCAGCAUUUGGAUUGGCCAGCCCAUCGGCAUGAUUGUCGUCUGCUGGCGCGCCAAAAGCAGAACAACAACAACAAGAUACAACAGCUGCAGCAGGCUGUGGCAGCCACAACGCUGGAUGUUAGUGGCGCCAAUUGCUCCACCGCUCAAAUGAUGACGACCGCCGCACAGGCUCAGAGCUGGCCUAACGAACUGGAUGACCUGUUCAAUUACUUUGGAGAGCCAACGCUGGCUACCCAAACAGCUCAGACGGAUGAACUGAAUCAGCAGCAUGAUCAUCAACACCAUCAUCCCCACCCCCAUCAGCAUCAUCAUCAUCAUGGCGAGAAGAGCUCCAGCUUUCAGAUUGGGCUAACAGAUUCCAGCUUCAUGGGCAGCGGCAGUGAACGUCGUUAUGAAGAUCUUUGUCGUAACAUAAUCAAUGACAUGAAUCAGUAUGGACUGUCCGUGGUGGACGACUUCCUGGGCACGGAGAAAGGCCUGAAGAUCUUGAACGAGGUGCGCAACAUGUACUCUGCGGGCGCCUUUCAUGAUGGCCAGCUGGUGCACAAUAUGCGUACCGAUGCUCAAUCGUCCACGUCCACGGUGCGCGGUGAUAAGAUUCGAGGUGAUAAAAUCAAAUGGGUCGGUGGCAAUGAGCCCGGCUGCAGCAAUGUGUGGUAUCUGACCAAUCAGAUUGACUCUGUGGUGUAUCGUGUGAACACAAUGAAGGACAAUGGUAUCCUGGGUAAUUACCAUAUCAGGGAGCGUACUAGAGCUAUGGUCGCUUGCUAUCCAGGCUCUGGCACACACUACGUGAUGCAUGUGGACAAUCCCAACAAGGAUGGUCGCGUUAUUACAGCCAUAUACUACCUGAACAUCAACUGGGAUGCCAGCGAGAGUGGCGGCAUCUUGCGAAUUCGGCCGACGCCAGGCACCACGGUUGCCGACAUUGAGCCCAAGUUUGAUCGCCUGAUAUUCUUCUGGUCGGAUAUACGUAAUCCGCAUGAGGUGCAGCCUGCGCAUCGUACCCGCUAUGCCAUCACCGUCUGGUACUUUGAUAAAAAGGAGCGCGAGGAAGCGCUGAAUCGUGCCAAACUGGAGAACAGCAAGACAAACAAUGCCAAUGCUGUGGCGCAGCUAGCGGAGCCUGACUCAACAACCUCACCCGCGCCAUCUACAGUUACAGCGGCUGCAGCCACCUCCACCUCCACACCAGCGUCCGCAUCAGCAUCAACAGUGUUAUCAGCGAACAAGUCACUUACACCCGCCAGCAUGACGACCGGAACAGGAUCGCUCAACGCGAAUGUAGCGAACAGCUCCUGCCCGGCCAGCAACGAGAUUUGCACGUAGCUACCCGUCGUCGCUUAAAUCCUGUAUAUAUAACUAUAUCUAUAUCUAGCCCAUAUAUUGUAGUGACUAAUGGCACAGCGAUAAUGGUCAGCUUAAGAGUGUAUAUUUUAUCAGCCAAUACACAUUGUAAAAAGCUAGUUAAAACCUAUUUAUAUAUAAUUUUUAAGCACGUAAUCUUAUCGUUAUAAGAAGUGCAGUUAGGGAAACUGAACUGUACAAGUCUAACCUACAUAAAUGUGAAUCAAAGCUCCUUUAGUCAUUUAAAACUUUAGUUUUAGCCACUAAGUCGUAGUUCUGUAGUUAAUUUCGCAUUAACCUUUAGCUAACUGCCUUAUCAGCGACAUGUUGAUCGUUUUUAUAUUGUAUCUUAUAAUCUGUCUGCAUAUACGCUCUGUAAAAACUAUCAAAAUGUGCAUAGUUUGCCAAAGUAUUAAAGCUAUGAUGAAGCGAUAUUAAUAUUGAUUUCCCAUCUCAAAAUUUUGU